AUGCGAUUUUUUCUAUUGAUAUUUUUAGUCCUCAUGGAAUCCUCGUCUCAAGAAAAAAAUUCUACAGAAGAAUCUGGAUUUGCAACACCGCUAAGGCAUGGGAAAACGUGAGUUUUAGCUUCAAAAAUUUUUUUUUAAAAUAAAAAUUCCUUAGAUUCGCGAAUCCUCCAUCAUUCAAAAAUUGGGGAGGUCUUCCCGGUCCACGGGAAGGUUUUCGCUAUAAAUUCCUCGAAACUGAUAAUGAAAAUGUGCCGAAAAACGCGGAAGAAUUGGAUGAAACAAUACCAAUCAAGAAUUUGACGAAGUUCGAAAGCAAAAGCAAACUUUUUGCAUCCUGGUUAGGACAUGCUACAGUACUUCUAAACAUUGAAGGCGCAACAGUUAUAACUGAUCCAAUUUGGGCUCAAAGAGCAUCGUUCAUUUCGUUUGUUGGUCCGAAAAGAUACAGACCUCCACCGAUGAAAAUUGAGGAUUUACCAAAAUUGGAUUAUGGUGUUAUUUCGCAUGAUCAUUAUGAUCAUUUGGAUUAUGAAGCGGUGAAGAAAAUUACAGAGUUAGUCCAAGGCAGGCUUGUGCGGAAACGGAAAACGCGUUUUCCGAUUUUCCGACUUUUUAAGAAAAUUUCGGAAAAAGUUAUUUUCCGAAAAAGUGGAAAAAUAGGUGAUUUUCAGGAAUUUUUGCUAAUUUUAUCACAAAAUAAUUUUCGUAAUUGUAAAAAAUAUAAGAAGUUGUUAGUAAUAUUUAACAAAAGUGACAAAAUAUCGUGAAAACUGCCGAAUUUGUUGAAACUACUUCAACACAACUCAAAAACCAGCAAAUAAGCCUAUUAUUUCUUCAUUGAAAUUUUUUCCGAAAUUUUCCGAUUUUCCGAAAAAUUAAGUCGGAAAAAAAACAGUCGGAAAAUAACUUCGGAAAACUUUUUCCGACCGGAUGGAUUCGGAAAAACACGGUUUUCCGAAAACCUAUUUUCCGCACAAGCCUGGUCUAGAGCAAAAAACCUCACUGAAAAUCGGAAUUUUCAGAAUGAACCCCUCGAUUCGAUGGUUUGUCCCCCUGGGAAUGAAAUCCUGGAUGGAAUCCGCUGGCAUCACCAAACUCAGCCCAUCAAACGCAGAUCUCAUCACCGAAAUGAACUGGGGUGAAAGUGUGCGGCUCGAAAAAGACGGGAAGAAUUUCGAAAUUUGGUGUGUUCCCGCACAACGCGGACCAUUUGAUAGAAAUCAUGUGAGCUUUAUUUUUUUUGGAAAUCGUAUGAAGCUGGCUUCCAGACUGUGCCUUUUCGGGAAAAAACCAUUUUUUAUAGAGAUUAUGGUCAGGAUGGUCCGUUGUGGGACCAACAAAGCGAUUCUAUUAUUCUGGAGACACAGGCUUCUGUGAGAGUGAAUUCCGAAAAAUCGGCGAUAAAUUGGGGCCUUUUGAUUUGGCCGCAAUUCCGAUUGGAGCCUAUGAGCCAAAGUGAGAUUUUUUUUGGAGAGGAGCCCAAAAAUGAGCCAAAAAUUGAGAAUUUUCUGAAAAUCGCGUUUUUGAGAGUCUAUAACUCAUGUUAGAGAAGAUUUCAUCAAAAACUGAAUACAAUUCGUUGUUCAGCAAGGUUGAUUCACCAAAUUCAAAAAUUUUAGAAACAAUUUUGUUUUGUAAUACUAGGAUUACUGUACUUUUUGGAAUUUUUGAUUUUCAACUUUUUUAGUACUCAAUAAUCUACAGUAAUCUUCGAAUUUUAUAAAAUCUACAGUAACCCAGACAGUAAUCGGAUUACUGUAGCUGAAAAAAGUGCCAAUUUUUUUGAAAAAUUUUGGAAAAUCAACCUUGCUGAACAUCGCAUUGUACUCAAUUUUUGUUCAAAUCUUCUCUAACAUGAGUAAUGGGCUUCAAAAAUGCGAUUUUCAGAAAAUUUUCAACUUUUGGUCAUUUUCGAGCUCUUAAAAUUCUUAAUUUCCAGAUGGUUCAUGAAAUCUCAACACAUCAAUCCAGAAGAAGCAGUGUCAGUUCAUGAAUUAAUCAAAUCUCGAAUGAGUAUCGGAAUUCACUGGGGAACUUAUCAUAUGGGAUCCUAUGAGGUGAAAAACAUCUACUUACCCUAACUAUCCUCGUAUUUUCAGCACUAUCUAGAGCCACGUGACAAAUUGAAAACGUUGAUGGAAAAUCGAGAAGAUUUGAAACACACUAAAUUUAUAACAAUUACUCCGGGAGAAAUUUGGGAAGAUAAUUGA